AAGGGAAGGUGAGUGAUGAUCCGUUGCCGUCCGUCCUGUCGGCUGCUGGUGGCCGUGUCGGUUGUAAACACAAGAUUAUUGAAGCUAACAGCAAGAGCUAUUGAAUACGAGAGGAAAUGAAGACAAAAUACGAAAAAAUGAACGAGGCAAUGGAAAGAGAUGGUGAUCCUGAUGAUGAUUUUUUAAACCACGUGGAGACAGACUUAAUUUUGCCAAAACUUGAGGACCUGAGAAUCAGAAACGUAGUUUGCAAGGCAGAUAAGGAAGCUCUGGAAGCAUGUCGGCAGAAAUAUGGAUUACCCCUUUCAUUUAUGUGUUUCUUUGAUUUUAUAUUUUAUGGGCUGUGUAUUAGCAAAGCUAGAGAUUCUGAGGAUAUUCAAGAUGAUUGCAUGGAAGAAUAUCUGGCAGUUCGUUCAAGAUAUAGGCUCACAAAAGAUCCAGCUAUGUUAAAACGACUGAAGGCCAUGGUCUUCCCUCAUAAACAUCAACCAGAUCCAUCAAAAGUUUAAGGCUUACAUUUCAUUCGUUCUUCUUACUUGUCGUUUUGAACUCUUUCGUUGUUGUUGCCAAGAAUUGUAAUUAUUGUAAAACAUAAAAUUGUCUGCCAUUUUCCUUACAUUGCAGUAGAAUAAAGUGUUUGUGUUCUUUAUCUUAAAACUA